AUGGUAGGACCUGUGAAAAAGAGUCUGGAAUGGUUGGAGGAGAAAACAAUCAGUUCUACGUCUGGGGUUGGAAAACCACUGGAAGCGAGAAUUCGACACGGUGGAAAUAAUAUGGCCGACAUGGGGAACCUUUGGGAAGAUUUAAGAAAACAGGCAAGACAGCUAGAAAAUGAAAUUGAUUUAAAGUUGGUGUCCUUUAGUAAACUAGGAACUAGUUACUCCUCUCACACAGAUUAUGGAAGUGAGUCCUCUCCCUUGAUACAGCGAUCCAGCAGUGAACACAUGUUUGACACCAUGGCAAUGGAGAUUGAACAACUACUAUCUAAGCUUCAGGAGACAAAUGACAGAAUGGCAGAUUACACACAGAACAUUGGAACCAAUUCUCCUAGUGCUGCCCUCCUCCAUACCCUACAGAGACACAGAGAUAUCCUCCAGGAUUACUCACAUGAAUUCCAGAAAACCAAGUCCAAUAUCACAACCCUCAGGGAGAGGGAAGAUCUUCUGGGAUCUGUGCACAGAGACAUCAAUGCAUACAAAAAUUCUUCUGGUCUGAAUAGAAGAACAGAUCUUUAUCUGAAGGAAAAUGAACAUAUAAGAAGCUCCGAUCGGCUCAUUGAUGAUCAGAUUAGUGUUGCUAUAGCCACAAAAGAAAAUUUGCAAUCUCAGAAGAGGAUGUUAGGUGGAAUUACACAGAGAAUGAAUUCAUUAGCCAAUCGUUUUCCUGUAAUCAACAACUUAAUGCAAAAAAUCAACCUGCGUAAGCGGAGAGACACCAUCAUCUUGGCUAGUGUGAUAGCCACAUGUACCAUCUUAUUAAUGUUGUAUGCUUUCCAUUGAUCAUAAUCAUUUCUCUGUGAUACUGGGAGAGAGAGAGAGUUGAAAAGAGAGAGAGAGAGAAGUGAAACAGAAGGGAUUGUGUGACUCAAAACUGUGAUGAAUUAUUAAUAACAAUACAAGUCAGUGCAUACAUUGAAUUUCCAAAAUGGGUUCUAUAAGAUUUCUGCUGUGUUGAAAGAACAGAUACAUGUACAAUGGAUAUUUUGUAUAUAUUUUUUGGUUUAAUGCAUACACAUUUGGCUUCUACAACUACAUCUAGAUUAUAUUACCUACAUGUACUGUAAUAUAAAUUUUUCUUCUGUGGGGAAAAAAAAACUGACUAUUUAAAGUUUUCGUACAUAGCAGCCAUAUUUUUGGCACUUAUUUGAAUACAUGUAAUUGUAUAAAUCUUAUCAUAUAUUCACUCCCAUAAAUCCAGUGAAAUUAUAUUAAAGUGUUCAUCUUCAUAAAUUUUGUUUAAUUAGUGUUUGUUUCAUAUAGACCUAUUUUAGGGUGUAAAAUAAAUAGCAAAUGCCAUUCUCAGUGUUUUCCCUUUAUUUCAGAGUAAAGGGUUAGAGAUCAAUUGUAACAGGCUUUAGGUUGAGGUUCAUGAAAAAUCUCUGUGGGCCUUAAAACAAUUUUUUUUUUUAUUUCAAAGCAGCAUUUUUAUUAAUUGGAGCGGUCAAUUUGGCCGGUAGACGGUUCUUAGGGAAAUCACUGUAUUCUGCAAGAUAUUUUCUUCCAUACAUUCUUGAGUAUUAGUAUGAACAAUUUCUUGCAGCCUAAGUAGAAAUGUGAAUCAAUUUAUGCUGUGUCACAUCUGUUUGUGACAAGUGUUUUCUGUGCUAUUAUAGUUGACUCUACAUUCCUUUUAGUAGACUUAAAUCUGUAUAGUAAAAAUGUCUGGACGUCAUCUGUAUUUCUGUUUUUUUUUUUAACUUUGUAUUGAACUGAUUUAAAUAUUAUCAGAGAAUCUAAGUACGUGUACAUCUAUCUAUUAAAA